AUGCAGACCAAUAUCGAUGAACAGCAAGGGUCCCAGGCCGAAGCGGGCGGAUGCAUGCAGGUUGCGGUCAGCAGCUCGGCACGGAACGAGUUAGUGGGAUUUGGACUAGCAAUCGAGAAGCGGCCACCUCGAAAUCGAAAACUGAAACAGAAAACCCUGUCCAUCACAUUGGGUGCAAGAGCGGAGCAAAAUCCAUUCUCUGCGGAGCUGGCAGCCAUGGCACAUGUGCUGAGCAUGGUUGUGGGAUUGAAAGACUACAGGAUCACGCUGCUCACAAGCAACAAAGCGGCGGUGCUCACGCUAAGGAACCCUCAACAACAGUCUGGCCAGGGAUUCGUUUCUGGGAUGUACAAGUUGAUAAGAAGAUUGCACAGAAACGGAAACCAUCUCAACGUCCUCUGGAUCCCCACUAGCGAAGACAAUAAGCUGUUAGGCCUAGCUAAACAACAGGCUAGAGCCGCGACGCAAGAAGAUGCUCCCCUGCAAAAACGCGCCCCGAGGAUGAAGUCAACCACGCUGAAUCUCGCACGGUCCCAAGCAGUCCCCAGUAAUGGCCUGCCAGGGAACGUUGGAAAGCACGUCAAACGAGUGGACGCAGCACUCCCAGGAAAACACACGCGGCAGCUAUAUGAUCGCUUGUCGUGGAAAGAAGCAAGCGUACUGGCACAACUCCGAACAGGCAUGGUAAGGCUAAAUGGAUACCUCUACCGAAUCAACGCGGCAGAGACGGAUCAGUGCGCAUGCGGACAAGCCAAAGAGACUGUGGAGCACUUCCUCUUUCGAUGUCGGAAGUGGACUGCACACCGGACGGACAUGUUACAGUGUACCGAUAUCCACCGAGGGAACAUAUCCUUCUUCCUAGGAGGGAAAUCACCUAUCGACAAUGAGACGUGGGCACCGAACUUAGAAGCAGUACGGGCCUCAAUACGAUUCACCAUCGCCACGGGCCGCCUCGAGGCCUCUUAA